GGCACACACACACACACACACACACACACACACGGCAGCAUCCAUUGCUGAUGUCAGACCACAGACUCCAGUCAUGUCGACCCUCCUCAGCACCAUCAUCUCCACGGCUUUUCUACAGAGACCUAACUGAUGAUGGAUCUAUUCCGCAGAGGAGAGCUGGGGCUGCUGGGAGGGGGAGAGGGCCUGAGAGAUGAUGUGGCCGUUUCCGGGAUCAGCUGGUCAGCCAAUCGGCUGCCAGACGACAUGUACCCGGCGUCAGGAUUGGCCCUCGCUGCCGCCUAUCAUGACAUCAAGACCCGGCUGGCCAGUCUGGAGAGGGAGAACAGCAGCAUCAAAAGGAAGCUCAAACACUACGAGGUCAAGUUUCCUAUGAUCAGUGAAUUUGGAGAGGAGAGGAUACUGUGCUGUUCCUGUGAGCCCAUCGUCAAGGAUACCAGUGUAAUCCAAUCAGAGACCACCAACCUACAACAGAGGAUCAACUCUCUCACUCAGGAGCUGCAGAAGAGUAAAGAGAGAGAGGAGAGGUUGGAGGAAGUCAUCCAGGCUUACGAGAAGAUACACUUGGAGAAAAGCAACGUCCAGAGAGACCUAGAUAAGAUGACGACUCUAGCAGAGCAACAUGUGGACCGGAUCCACAGUCUGGAGUCCGCCCUCAGGCAGAGAGAAACUUCCCUUCAGAAACUGAGCGUUCAGCUCCGCAGCAAAGACGCACUUCAGUCUCAACUUCAUGCCAGCCUGGACGUACCCAGAGAGGGCCGCGGGCCAACGCUGCAGAGCUCCCGCAGUCUUGACGCCCUGUCAGACCUGAAGCUGCAGCGACUAGAGGCUGAGCUGGAGGGGGCACGGCACCAGGCCGAGGGAGCCUGUCAGAGGGAGAAGGAGCUGAGGGCCGAGCUACAGAGGUUGCAGCAGGAGGUAGACCAGCUGCAGGAAGCACAGAGACAGUCACAGGACUUGUCCCCACACUGUGAACACUGUGACGUAGAAUGGAUAAAGAAAGCCGGGGACGAACAGGUCAACCUAGCGUUAGCCUACACUGAGCUAACAGAGGAGUUGGGUCGAGUUCGUAAUCUGGCUGUGAAACAGAGCGACCUUCUUCGACAUGUCUCACAAGAGCCCGUCUCUCAUCCUCCCCCCGCUCCCCAGCGUCUCUCCCCUACCUCCCCCCAGCGUCCCCCACUCUCCCCUGACAGGCUCCUCCCCACCGCCUCUCCUCCCCUGUCCCCAAGCGGCGGCCCUGCCUCCUACUCCCAUCAGCCAACUAGCAGCCGUCUACGAGCAAAGUUCCAGGGUCGACGUAGUUACUCAGAGGUAUCUGACCCGUCAGCCAUCCAGAGAGCCCCAGCUCGUUUGAUGAGAGAUCCAGUAUCCACCCUACCGAAGCCCAGGCCUCUCCUGGGAGAGUUGCAGGGUUAUGGAUUACAAACCAAACCUCAACUCCGUACCGCCUUGGUAGGCCUGGUCAGACCGGCCUCGGCUCACGGAGCUGGAGGCGAGAGGGGAGGAGGAGGGGGAGGUGAAAGAGGUGGGGGCAGCAGUCUGAGCAACAGUCCUCAUCACUGUGCUCUCGAUCUCGGCUUCCCUCUGGCAGCUGAGGUACAUCACUUCUGUCGGCUUGACAACCCGCCUGAACCCACCCCACUGGUGACCCCACCGCAGUCCUCUGAUGACGAAGAGGAUGUAUGUACGUAUCUAUCGCCGGCUGCCAGCCCGCCUCGGACACUCGGCGCAAUUGGGAUUGGCUUGUCGUCUCCUAGGGAACAGCCCCUACACCCUUCAUUCCCGUCUCCUAGGAAACAGCCCCACCAUCCCUCCUUUUCAGCCCCGGAGGGUCCUGCCACCCUCUCCUGCCAUCUGCCUCCCUACAUGAACACUGAGCAUGCUCAGUCAUGGCCGUCCAUUAACUUAUGGAUGGAGUCAGAAGAGAGUGCUGUUCGUAACUGUCCUCUGUGUCAGCUCACCUUCCCAACUGGAUACCCUGACGAUGCCCUGAUCAAACACAUCGACUCCCACUUGGAGAACAGCAAGAUCUGACUUUCUUUUAUCAAAUCCAUUUUGACAUGAGAUGGACACCAGGCCCACCUUGAUUGUUUUAUAUUUAGGUUUUGUUCAGCAAUAGUCUGAUGAGCCUGCAUGCUUUCUUUCUAUGGACCUUGCCCAGUACUUCUGGUACAUGCCUUGGGGAUUACAUCCCUUGCUCAAGGGACACUUCCCUCUGCCCUUCUAUCCAGAUUGUGGAAUCUAACCAGCGACCUUCCAGUUACAGAACAGGUUCAAGUAGUCAUUACUUCAUUUCCAGGUUGUAAAUAUCUUUUUCUUCACCAAAGACAUGCGUGCAUCACCUCAAACAUCUCACAAAGCUCCAUAUCGACAAAUCUGGAUAAAACGGUGUUUCUUCUCUUUUCACAAGCAAACUCUUCGUUUGUACUUAGAGAUAUAGAAAAGACAAUAGUGCUGUAUCUCUCGAAUGCAGAGGUAGGAGCUGCUGCAACUCUAUUGGUCGUGUUGCGUAUGCUGGUCUGAGAGCAGCUCUGGAGACAGACGACACGCUGGAAACGUCCAACACAUACAGUGUUUUCAUCGUGCGCUAGACCACCUAGAUGUCACAGGUCUCAAGGUUCUUAUGGUUUGUGGAGCAUUAAAAUUAGAUAAUAGAAAUCGUCUGCAGAAGUAAAAAACUUUUAUUUGAAUGGGACGAUAAAAUGAAUACCUUGUGGUCCAAUGCAUAGAACAAUUUAGAAAUCUAUUUAAAGGACCAAUCGAAAGGCUCCAAAUCAAACAAUGUGUAAACUCAAGAGUGUGAAAGGCUCCCAAGGUAAAAACGUAACUGAGCACCUACUGCCAUCUCCUGCUGUGGUAAUGAAAGUGCCUUGGUUAAACCACAACUCUUUUCCUCAUAACUGCUACAUAUGAUCUUCAAUAUGAUGCCAUAAAUACGGGAACAUGUCGCAUAAUGAGAUAUCUCAAAGAUCAAUUACGAUCUGAUAUUUAGUCAGAAAAAUGAUCUCAUCUACUCUCAUAAUUGAUCAUUUAAAUACACAUGUCAUAUUUAUAAUUUUGUAUCUCAUAAUUAUACGUUUCCUGAAUUAUAAGAUAGUAUUUAAAGUUAUUAUUAGC